CGGUGCCCACCUCUCCCCAGCCAUGCCGGGCCUGGCCGCCGACGCGGGCAAGGUCCCCUUCUGCGACGCCAAGGAGGAAAUCCGUGCCGGGCUGGAAGGCUCGGAGGGCGGUGGCGGCCCGGAGAGGCCGGACGCGCGCGGGCGGCGGCAGAACAUAAUCUGGGUCGUCCUGAUGAGUCUGCUGCACUUGGGGGCCGUGUACUCGCUGGUGCUCAUCCCGAAAGCCAAGCCGCUCACUCUGCUCUGGGCCUACUUCUGCUUCCUCCUGACGGCCCUGGGGGUGACAGCCGGCGCCCAUCGUUUGUGGAGCCACAGGUCCUACAAGGCCAAGCUGCCUAUGAGGAUAUUUCUGGCUGCCGCCAACUCCAUGGCUUUCCAGAAUGACAUCUUCGAGUGGUGCAGGGACCACCGCGUCCACCACAAGUACUCGGAGACGGACGCUGAUCCCCACAACGCCCGCCGGGGCUUCUUCUUCUCCCACAUCGGGUGGCUGUUUGUCCGCAAGCAUCGAGAUGUCAUCGAGAAGGGGAGAAAGCUGGACUUCACUGACCUGCUUGCUGAUCCUGUGGUCCGGUUCCAGAGAAAGUACUACAAGAUCACCGUGGUGCUCAUGUGCUUUGCAGUGCCCACGCUGGUGCCCUGGUACAUCUGGGGAGAGAGUCUGUGGAACUCCUACUUCUUGGCCUCCAUCCUCCGCUAUACCAUCUCACUCAACGUCACCUGGCUGGUCAAUAGCGCCGCCCACAUGUAUGGAAACCGCCCCUACAACAAGCACAUCAGCCCUCGGCAGAACCCACUUGUCACUCUGGGCGCCAUUGGUGAAGGCUUCCACAACUACCAUCACACGUUUCCCUUUGACUACUCUGCGAGCGAAUUUGGCUUAAAUUUCAACCCAACCACCUGGUUCAUUGACUUCAUGUGCUGGCUGGGGCUGGCCACUGACCGCAAACGGGCACCCAAGCCGAUGAUCGAGGCCCAGAAAGCCAGGACUGGAGAUGGCAGCGCCUGAACCUGGAACCGCCAUCUGUCAAGUCUGCCACUGACGCCUCGGGUCUCGGCUUUUGUUAUUAUAGUCUCGCGUUCAUUGGAUUUGGGGUGGGGGGCGCAGAGGGGGGAGAGGGAAUGGAGUCUAUGGUUCGGGGAAUUUUUGUUUGUCUCAAAAUAAUGUUGAAAUACAACUCCCAAUUUUUGUAAGUCGACGUUACAAUGAUUUAACAUUAGAGUGUGGGUGUGAUUUAAUUGCUGUAGCUACCAUAUGUCAAAUAUCCAUUCUCAUGUGCUUGUGCGUGAUGUUAACCCUGACAGGAUGAAGGAAUUUAAUAUUCUUUCAGUGUGAUUCAGGAGAACGUUUGUUUUAUUUUCUCCCUAUUAACCCGGCAUUGCUUUUAAACACACUAUUCUGAAGGGGCAGAGAGACAGGGGAGAAGAAAAAAGAAGGGUCUAUUUAGCAACUAAAGAAUGUUGCUGUUUUGUAAUUAUUUCCUGUGUGUGAUUUUGUUGUUGUUUAAGUCAGAGGUGGAACACUUUUUAAAAAUGAGAAUAUAGGAAAUGGCUCUUGUAUUUUUUU